AUGACUCUCCUGAACCAGUCCGAGGUGCUCGUUGCCUUCUCUCUGUCCUCGGACCAGAACGAGACCGAGGUCCCGCUGGUGUCCUUGCCCCCGCCUUGGCCUAACUGCUCGGGGGGGUCCUUGGGGGGGUCCGGCCUGCCCCCGCCCCUCUAUAACUUCUACGCGGUGUUGCUGGUGCUGCUGAUCUUCUGCGUGGUGUUUGGGAACGUGCUGGUGUGUGUGGCGGUCUCCAGAGAGCGCGCUCUGCAGACCACCACCAACUACCUCAUCGUCUCGCUCGCCGUCUCCGACCUGCUGCUCGCCAUCCUGGUCAUGCCCUGGGGGGUCUACCUGGAGGUGGUGGGGGAGUGGCGUUUCAGUCUGAUCCACUGUGACGUCCUCCUGACUCUGGACGUCAUGAUGUGCACGGCGAGCAUCCUCAACCUCUGCGCCAUCAGCAUUGACAGGUGCUGCAGCGAAGGGCAGGGUACAGGAAGAGGAGGUGGGGAAGGGGACGACGGGCGGAGGGGGGACUGGACCACUCUGAAAACAAAAAGUGACGCACAGACGGCGACUCAGUGGAGCAUAAGGACCGAGACGAGGGGGCAGAGAGAGGCCUCGGACACGGCAGCUUCAGUGCACUUUAAGGGAGGGAGAUUUUGUGAAGGAGUCAUGGAGGUUGUGUGUUUCAUGGAGGUUGUGUGUUUCCUGAGCUGGAGGGUGCUCCCGCUGCUGCUGCUGCUGCUAAUGCCGUGCCCCGUGACCCCCGUGACCGUCCGGAUCAUGAACCAGGAGCCGGUCCACGUCAUCCCGGGCUCCAACCUCCUCCUCCGCGCCCACAUCCAGUCCGGGUCCGGGUCCAGGGACCAGCUCUCGACGGUCACGUGGGAGCGAGAGGCCGAGACCGGACCCUCGCCCACCAGGGUCAAACUGGCCUCAUGCCCGGGCAGCAGCGGCGGCCCCUGCGCUGGGACCAGGCCCAACAUAGUGGCCAGCAGGGGGCAGCAGGACUCCACGCUCCAGGUGACUGCGUACACACCCGAGGACGGAGGAGACUACAUCGUGACGGUCACGGAUCAGAACGGAAACACAACCAGCGCACGGUGUGUCGUCCGAGAGUAUGGUCUGAGUGAGAAGAACACAAAGGUCCGUGAGGAGCAGGAGUGA